UUGAUCGAGCCAGUUUAGUUGCCGCGAUCACUUUGAAAAUAACAGACACACGAAAGAGAGCAGAUUUUAAAAAUAAUGCAACUGCAUUUUAGUAUAUUUUGGCUCUUCACAGCGCUGCUCUGUCUUGGUGGCAUUGGUAUUGGCAAUCAUGGAAUGCUGGCAGAUGCUUGGGUGGCGCGCGGCAAUUAUCACAACGAUGCGCAUCCCGGCAAAUGCGCCAUCAGCGAUACGCUGAUCAUCUCCCCUGGUGAGACUACGAAAUCGCCCACUACAUGCGCUAAAAUUCACUGCAACAAUGCAAGUGGUGAUGUUAGUAUUUAUGGUUGCGGCUCAGAGGGCGCUCCAGAUGGCUGCAAGUGGGGUGACUACGUAGACAAGCAUGCACCUUUUCAGGAGUGCUGUGCUCGACAUCUGAUCUGUGAUGGUGGUUUGAAUGCUGAGACCCUGGAUUAUCAGCAACACAUUUGGGCAACAUUUUCAGCCAACUUGAGAAAUGCCGGUAAUAAGAAUGCGGUGGAAACAAAGGAAUAGGAAAUGAAGUCUAGUGUCUCAAUGUUGAUAAUGAAGUAUGAGCAAAAAAUGCUGAUGAGAAAUAUUGAAAAUAACAUUUAAAGUAAUGACGAAGCCACUUUUCAAUUAAAACAUGAAAAAAAAACACGGAAUAGAGGAAAAAAACGAAACGAAUGAACCGAAUUUAAUAGGUCUAUGGAUAAGUUCGUGCGGUUUUACAACAGAUGGCGUAACUUGAUUAUAUUAUUAUUCCAUCGAUCCACAUUUCCAAACAUUCAUUGGAGAGCUACUGUCGUAAGGCACAAACGUCAGUAUAAGUUUUUUAUUUGAAGCGUAAACA